AUGGCCACGUUGGUGGCAGCGCAGGAUGACGCGGAGCGCGGCGGGUGGCUGUCUAUCGUGUCGCGCCUCUCCCUGCUGCCUUUCGGCUCGUCCGUGAUGGACAUCAGCGGGCCUGAGGGGGAUCUGGACAUAUCGCUGGAGGGGGAGGUGAACGGGAGGAGCCUAUGGCGGGCGGGGCGGGAAUUCAAACAGAACCUGCUGCAGGAGGUGCACAGAGUGCUGGAGGAGGGCGGAAAUUUUGCGAAGAGGGGGCGGCGGCAGCUGGUGUUGGGCGCUAGGUGGCCCAUCAGCAGGUUUGUGGAGGCGCAGACGAGGGUGCCGUGCGACUUGUCGAUCGGGAACACCAUCGGCGUGUUCAAGAGUCAGCUGCUGGGGGCCGCCCUGGGCGUCGAUCCCAGGCUGAGGAGUCUGGCGAUGGUGGUCAAGUCCUGGGCGCGGUUCAACGGUGUUAACGACCCGGCGAAUGGGACCUUCAACUCGUACUGCCUCACGCUGCUGGUUGUGACGUUCGCGCAGGCGCGGCGGCCUCCGCUGCUGCCACCGUUCCGGAAGCUUUUCCGGGGGCUGGAGGUGGUCUUGGCAGAGUCGGGGCCGGCGUUGCAAGAUGGGUGGUUGUUGGGCACGGUGCAGGGGUUCAGGAAGAUGGUGGUGGCGUGGGGGAGGAGAAGGGACCGGCCGUGCAACAAGGAGAGCCUGCUAGAGCUUUUCCUCGGCUUCCUGAGGGCGUUUUGUUGGCUGGUGGAGGAGAGCAAGUGGCAGGCGUCGGGCGGGGGGUGGGGGCUGCCACAGUGGCGGAUGAGCGCCAGCCCAUGGGAGGGCGGCUUUAAGGAGCUGAGCUGGGAGCCGUGGGUUGCCGACUCGCACCAUCUCUUUGUGCAAGACCCCUUUGAGCGCCAUGACAACUGCGCACGGACAUUGAAGACCAUGGAGUGGUACAGGGUGGUGCAGCUUCUGCACAACACCAACACAAGUGUCUGCCACUGGAUGGGACUUCCUGCCAGCAAGAUGGAAGCCAGCUGGGACAGGUUCAUGGACAGCCUGUUUGGACAGGGCUUGUCACCUCAGCUGCAAGUGCAACCACCCCCCUUGAGUCCCUCACUGUGCAUGCAGCAUCAGAUCCUGGAAGAUCAGCCCCAGGUCCUUCCCAUGAGCCAACAGCCUCUGCCGAACGCCUUCCAGCAACCGUGCAGCCAAAUCCCCCUGAACGCAUGCCAUCAGGAAGAGCAGCAGUACUACACUGGGCCUCCUGCGCACCAAAUGCCGGAGGCCUUCACAUGGCAGCUUCCCAAUGUGACGAUGAUUGGCACAAUGCAAUGCAUUCCAGUUGCAUGGGCCCCAACAGGCUAUUUGCCAUCCAGAUCGAUUUUGGAUGAACAGAUGAACAGGUGUUUCAAUGCUGCGGUUGAGGCGGCAGUCAAUCGAUUGAAGCAAAUGGCACAAGAAGAUAACGAUGGUUUGGAUGCUGUUGCAAAACCUGUGCAAGUCCAUCAAAGUGGGGACAGUGAACCACAUGAAGAUGUUGUGGGGCUGACAAAGGUUGUUCAGAUCAACCCAACUGUGGAUGGCAAAAGUGCAGAGGCCGUCACAGCAUCUCAAGGAAAAGAUCAGAAUGGUGUGGUUGUGGAUGGAAAAUCUGGAACAAGUGGGACUGGGUCUGAAGAAGGGUGUGCUGGUCUGGGGGAGGAAUGCUCACCACAUUCGCCUUUGCUGCCACCUGUGUGUGCACAGCCAUUGCCAGAGUGA